AUGAUGUCAGGGAACUACGAUUACCCUCGUGCUUCUUCUUCCUCUUCGUCCCGCCGCACAUCCCGUACUACCAGGCCUGACGAACGCCCAGAGAUCCUCCGUCUCCAGCAUCUCCGCAAUUUCGUAUCGGAACGAAAUCGCUCCGGUGCCCACAACACCUACAACACCACCCUUGCCUUGGAAACAUUAAACCGAGAAGUCGCUGAGCAUUCUCUGGACCGAUCUCGUGGUCGUACCAACUCUGAGCAAGUCCGGGCCGACGUCGAUCGUCAGAUCCAACAACUGCACUCCGAGACAGCUGGCACUGCAGAGCGAAUUCGGAGCAUUUGGCGUGACCAGUUCCGCUCAGAACGAGCUCGAACUUCGCUCUCCCCGGAGACAAAUUCCCUUCGCCAUCGUUUACCCUGGCAAACGCUCAGACCAUCAAGCCCGGAAGGAUCUUUAUCCAGGUCACCGUCCCUCAUGCCACCAUCCGGCCAGUCGGGCCGUGAUGGCCAAGGACGGAUGAAGCGUCGGAAGCUGGACACCGACGAUAACCGCGAGGAAUUUCGGGGCUUCAACUACGGUCAAUAUGGACAAGUGGUGCCUGGAAUGCUGCAAAUGGAAAUCGCCAGCUGCGACGGAGGAAGCUACGAUCCGGAUAGUGGAGGCCCGGUGCAACUUGGUCCUCUGUCAUCGGGGGAGGCCCCGUUCUGUUUGAAGAAGAUCGUUAUCAGAGCCCCUCAAUGCGGGUUCGAUGCUCCAAUACAAGAAGGCAUGGUAUUCGUCUCCAUGACCUCUGAUGAACUGCUUGCCCGCACCGCCCAAUACCAGAUCCAAUACUCCAGCGGCAGAUACCGCCGCAGUGGCCGCCGCAGCGGCAUGCAACCAUCCCAGGAAUACCUCACUGGGUUCCGACCGCCACUCCAAACCCUCGAACGCACAGUCCUCAUGAGCCCACAUUCGGCCGCGGUUCCCCAUACCGCAGAAGACCCGCAAACGCAGUUCCGUAUCACCACCGAGUACGACGAGAAUAACGAGGAUUCUGGAGAUGAUGAAGACUGGCGCUCUGCAUUGCUCGAGAGAACCCAGGCCGAACAGACGGAAGAUCCUUUAUCGGAUACCGACGAGAGUCCAAGCGAUGAGGACGACCCUCCAAGCAGAAGUCAACGUCGCCGACAAGUUGAAUCCGAACGACUGAGUGCUCUCAGCCGUGUCAGCGAACAGAGACUGCGCCAUACCCCGAGCCUCGUGCAUCCAAAUCCCCUGGCCGAACCUGAUCACCCAACAGCCGAAGUGUUGAAGCCACAUGCACGUUUCUUUAUCGAGCGAGAGAAGAGCAUGGUUACCAUCAAAUUUGAUCCGCCUCCGUAUGUAUCAUCAAUAUUGGACGUGGAUAACCGAAUACUGACAUCUCAAGAUCUGGUCGGUUCAUUCUCAUUAAGCUGUGGAGCCCGCGAGCCCACGGGAAUAUUGAUAUCGAAAGCAUCAUCGCCCAUGGGUAUGCAGGCCCGCGGUUCUUCCCAAGCAUCGCUGCUCGCUAGCGGUUGA